CUUCCCCCCCCCUUUUUCUUUCCCCGCCCCUUCUCUCCCUCCCUCCUCUCCUGGUCCCCUCCCUCUCCCCCCUCAGCCCGCCCCGCGACACCUCAGUCCGGGUAACAGUGGUGCGAGCUCCAGGCCCGUGCACUGAGGAGGCGGAAACCAGGGGAGCCCCCAGAGCUCCAUCAGGCCCCUUCCAAAGGCUCCCCCACCCGGUCCACGCCCCCACCCCCCUACCCCGCCUCCUCCCAAUUGUGCAUUUUUGCAGCCGGAGGCGGCUCGGAGAUGGGGCUGUGAGCUUCGCCCGGGGAGAGGGGGAAAAGAGGAACGAGGAGAACAGCAGGGGUGAAGGGUUUGGAUUGGGGGGCUGGGGGUGCAGCUGGUCUGCAAGCCCUUCCCAAGGGGGCUCCGAACUUACCUCGUCACCCACGCCCCUGGUGCGCUGUGCUGAAGGAUAGGAUAAGAAUAGAGGAGGAGAAGGGAGGAAGGAGGAAAAAGGGGGACCCCCCAAUUGGGGGGGGCGACGGCGAGAAGUAACAGGACCAGAGGGGAGAGGGCUGCUGCUUGCAUCAGCCCACACCAUGCUGACCCCGCCGCCGCUGCUGUUGCUGCCCCUGCUCUCAGCUCUGGUCGCUGCCGCUAUCGAUGUCCCUAAGACCUGCAGCCCUAAGCAGUUUGCCUGCAGAGACCAGAUCACCUGUAUCUCGAAAGGCUGGCGGUGUGAUGGUGAGAGGGACUGCCCGGAUGGAUCUGAUGAGGCUCCUGAGAUUUGUCCACAGAGUAAGACCCAGCGGUGUCAGCCGAAUGAGCACAAUUGCCUGGGCACCGAGCUAUGUAUUCUCAUGUCCCGCCUCUGCAACGGGAUCCAGGACUGCGCUGAUGGGUCAGAUGAGGGGCCCCACUGCCGAGAGCAACGAGGACAGUGUUCUCAUCUGGGCUGCCAGCACCACUGUGUUCCCACACUCAACGGGCCCACCUGCUAUUGCAACAAUAGCUUUCAACUGCAGGCGGAUGGCAAGACCUGUAAAGACUUUGACGAGUGCUCGGUGUAUGGCACCUGCAGCCAGCUGUGCACAAACACAGACGGGUCCUUCACGUGCGGCUGUGUGGAAGGGUACCUGCUGCAGCCAGACAACCGCUCCUGCAAGGCCAAGAAUGAGCCAGUAGACCGGCCCCCCGUGCUGCUGAUUGCCAAUUCCCAGAAUAUCCUGGCUACGUACCUGAGUGGGGCCCAGGUCUCUACCAUCACGCCCACCAGCACUCGGCAGACCACGGCCAUGGACUUCAGCUAUGCCAACGAGACUGUGUGCUGGGUGCACGUUGGGGACAGUGCUGCCCAGACACAGCUCAAGUGUGCCCGCAUGCCCGGCCUGAAGGGCUUCGUGGAUGAGCACACCAUCAACAUUUCCCUCAGCCUGCACCACGUGGAGCAGAUGGCCAUCGACUGGCUGACGGGCAACUUCUACUUUGUGGAUGACAUCGAUGAUAGGAUUUUUGUCUGCAACCGAAACGGGGACACGUGUGUCACUUUGCUAGACCUGGAGCUCUACAACCCCAAGGGCAUUGCCCUGGACCCUGCCAUGGGGAAGGUGUUCUUCACUGACUAUGGGCAGAUCCCAAAGGUGGAGCGCUGCGACAUGGAUGGGCAGAACCGCACCAAGCUGGUCGACAGCAAGAUUGUGUUUCCUCAUGGCAUCACGCUGGACCUGGUCAGCCGCCUCGUCUACUGGGCCGAUGCCUACCUGGACUACAUUGAGGUGGUGGACUACGAGGGCAAGGGCCGGCAGACCAUCAUCCAGGGCAUCCUGAUCGAGCAUCUCUACGGCCUGACCGUGUUUGAGAACUACCUCUACGCCACCAACUCGGACAACGCCAAUGCCCAGCAGAAGACGAGCGUGAUCCGUGUGAACCGCUUCAACAGCACCGACUACCAGGUCGUCACGCGUGUGGACAAGGGAGGGGCUCUGCACAUCUACCACCAGCGGCGUCAGCCCCGAGUGAGGAGCCAUGCCUGCGAGAAUGACCAGUAUGGGAAGCCCGGCGGCUGCUCUGACAUCUGCCUGCUGGCCAACAGCCACAAGGCUCGGACCUGCCGUUGCCGCUCCGGCUUCAGCCUGGGCAGUGAUGGGAAGUCGUGCAAGAAGCCGGAGCACGAGCUAUUCCUUGUGUACGGCAAGGGCCGGCCAGGCAUCAUCCGGGGCAUGGACAUGGGGGCCAAGGUCCCAGAUGAGCACAUGAUCCCCAUCGAGAACCUCAUGAACCCCCGAGCCCUGGACUUCCAUGCUGAGACUGGCUUCAUCUACUUCGCCGACACCACCAGCUACCUCAUUGGCCGCCAGAAGAUCGAUGGCACUGAGCGGGAGACCAUCCUGAAGGAUGGCAUCCACAAUGUGGAGGGCGUGGCUGUGGACUGGAUGGGGGACAAUUUGUACUGGACGGAUGAUGGGCCCAAGAAGACCAUCAGCGUGGCCAGGCUGGAGAAAGCUGCUCAGACCCGCAAGACCUUAAUCGAGGGCAAAAUGACACACCCCAGGGCCAUUGUGGUAGAUCCGCUCAAUGGGUGGAUGUACUGGACUGACUGGGAGGAGGACCCCAAGGACAGUCGGCGAGGGCGGCUGGAGAGGGCCUGGAUGGACGGCUCACACCGAGACAUCUUUGUCACCUCCAAGACAGUGCUUUGGCCCAAUGGGCUGAGCCUGGACAUCCCAGCGGGGCGCCUCUACUGGGUGGAUGCCUUCUAUGACCGCAUCGAGACCAUCCUGCUUAAUGGCACAGACCGGAAGAUUGUGUACGAGGGUCCUGAGCUGAACCACGCCUUUGGCCUGUGUCACCAUGGCAACUACCUCUUCUGGACUGAGUACCGGAGUGGUAGUGUCUACCGCUUGGAACGGGGCACAGGAGGUGCGCCCCCCAUCGUGACCCUUCUGCGCAGCGAGCGACCCCCCAUCUUUGAGAUCCGCAUGUAUGAUGCCCAGCAGCAGCAAGUGGGUACCAACAAAUGCCGGGUGAACAAUGGCGGCUGCAGCAGCCUGUGCUUGGCCACCCCUGGAAGCCGCCAGUGUGCCUGCGCCGAGGACCAGGUGUUGGACAAAGACGGUGUCACUUGCUUGGCAAACCCAUCCUACGUGCCCCCACCCCAGUGCCAGCCGGGCGAGUUCGCCUGCUCUAACAGCCGCUGCAUCCAGGAGCGCUGGAAGUGCGACGGGGAUAACGACUGCCUGGACAACAGCGAUGAGGCCCCCGCCCUCUGCCAUCAGCACACCUGCCCCUCUGACCGCUUCAAGUGCGAGAACAACCGUUGCAUCCCCAACCGCUGGCUCUGUGAUGGGGACAACGACUGUGGGAACAGUGAAGAUGAGUCCAAUGCCACGUGUUCAGCUCGCACCUGCCCACCCAACCAGUUCUCCUGUGCCAGUGGUCGCUGCAUCCCCAUCUCCUGGACGUGCGAUCUGGAUGACGACUGUGGGGAUCGCUCUGAUGAGUCAGCUCGUGUGGCUUAUCCCACCUGCUUCCCCCUGACUCAGUUUACCUGCAACAAUGGCAGAUGUAUCAACAUCAACUGGAGAUGUGACAAUGACAAUGACUGUGGGGACAAUAGCGACGAGGCUGGCUGCAGCCACUCUUGCUCUAGCACCCAGUUCAAGUGCAACAGCGGGCGCUGCAUCCCCGAGCACUGGACCUGCGACGGGGACAACGACUGUGGGGACUACAGCGAUGAAACACACGCCAACUGCACCAACCAGGCCACAAGGCCUCCUGGCGGCUGCCACAAUGAUGAGUUCCAGUGCCGGCUGGAUGGUCUGUGCAUCCCCCUGCGGUGGCGCUGCGAUGGGGACACUGAUUGCAUGGACUCCAGUGAUGAGAAGAGCUGUGAGGGAGUGACCCACGUCUGUGACCCUAAUGUCAAGUUUGGCUGCAAGGACUCCGCUCGGUGCAUCAGCAAAGCAUGGGUGUGUGACGGUGACAGCGACUGUGAGGAUAACUCGGACGAGGAGAACUGUGAGUCUCUGGCCUGCCGGCCACCCUCGCACCCCUGCGCCAACAACACCUCAGUCUGCCUGCCCCCUGACAAGCUGUGUGACGGCAACGAUGACUGUGGAGACGGCUCGGAUGAGGGCGAGCUCUGCGACCAGUGCUCCCUGAAUAACGGUGGCUGCAGCCACAACUGCUCGGUGGCACCUGGCGAAGGCAUUGUGUGCUCGUGCCCUCUGGGCAUGGAGCUGGGGCCUGACAACCAUACCUGCCAGAUCCAGAGCUACUGUGCCAAGCACCUCAAGUGCAGCCAGAAGUGCGACCAGAACAAGUUUAGCGUGAAGUGCUCCUGCUACGAGGGCUGGGUGCUGGAGCCUGAUGGCGAGAGCUGCCGCAGCCUGGACCCCUUCAAGCCGUUUAUCAUCUUCUCCAACCGCCAUGAGAUCCGUCGCAUUGACCUUCACAAAGGGGACUACAGCGUCCUGGUGCCGGGGCUGCGCAACACCAUCGCCCUGGACUUCCACCUCAGCCAGAGCGCCCUCUACUGGACCGACGUGGUGGAGGACAAGAUCUACCGCGGGAAGCUGCUGGACAACGGAGCCCUGACCAGUUUUGAGGUGGUGAUUCAGUACGGCCUGGCCACACCCGAGGGCCUGGCUGUAGACUGGAUUGCAGGCAACAUCUACUGGGUGGAGAGUAACCUGGACCAGAUCGAGGUAGCCAAGCUGGAUGGGACCCUUAGGACCACCCUGCUGGCCGGUGACAUUGAGCACCCAAGGGCAAUCGCACUGGAUCCCCGGGAUGGGAUCCUGUUUUGGACGGACUGGGAUGCCAGCCUGCCCCGCAUCGAGGCGGCCUCCAUGAGUGGGGCCGGGCGCCGCACCAUCCACCGGGAGACGGGCUCCGGGGGCUGGCCCAACGGGCUCACCGUGGACUACCUGGAGAAGCGCAUCCUCUGGAUCGACGCCAGGUCAGACGCCAUUUACUCAGCCCGUUACGACGGCUCCGGUCACAUGGAGGUGCUUCGGGGACACGAGUUCCUGUCACACCCGUUUGCAGUGACACUGUAUGGCGGCGAGGUGUACUGGACGGACUGGCGGACAAACACGCUGGCCAAGGCCAACAAGUGGACCGGCCACAAUGUCACCGUGGUACAGAGGACCAACACCCAGCCCUUUGACCUGCAGGUGUACCACCCCUCUCGCCAGCCCAUGGCUCCCAAUCCCUGUGAGGCCAAUGGAGGCCGGGGCCCCUGCUCCCACCUGUGUCUCAUCAACUAUAACCGGACCGUCUCCUGCGCCUGCCCGCACCUCAUGAAGCUCCACAAGGACAACACCACCUGCUAUGAGUUUAAGAAGUUCCUGCUGUACGCACGUCAGAUGGAGAUCCGGGGUGUGGACCUGGACGCCCCCUACUACAACUACAUCAUCUCCUUCACGGUGCCCGAUAUUGACAACGUCACCGUGCUGGACUACGACGCCCGCGAGCAGCGCGUUUACUGGUCCGACGUGCGGACACAGGCCAUCAAGCGGGCCUUCAUCAACGGCACGGGCGUGGAGACAGUCGUCUCUGCAGACUUGCCAAAUGCCCACGGGCUGGCUGUCGAUUGGGUGUCCCGAAACCUGUACUGGACGAGCUACGACACCAACAAGAAGCAGAUCAACGUGGCCCGGCUGGAUGGCUCUUUCAAGAACGCUGUGGUGCAGGGCCUGGAGCAGCCCCACGGCCUGGUGGUCCACCCCCUGCGCGGGAAGCUCUACUGGACAGACGGUGACAACAUCAGCAUGGCCAACAUGGACGGCAGCAACCGCACCCUGCUCUUCAGUGGCCAGAGGGGCCCCGUGGGCCUGGCUAUCGACUUCCCGGAAAGCAAACUCUACUGGAUCAGCUCCAAGAAUCACACCAUCAACCGCUGCAACCUGGACGGGAGUGGGCUGGAGGUCAUCGAUGCCAUGUGGAGCCAGCUGGGCAAGGCCACCGCCCUGGCCAUCAUGGGGGACAAGCUGUGGUGGGCAGAUCAGGUGUCGGAGAAGAUGGGCACCUGCAACAAGGCUGACGGCUCAGGGUCCGUGGUCCUGAGGAACAGCACCACCCUGGUCAUGCACAUGAAGGUCUAUGAUGAGAGCAUCCAGCUGGACCACGAGGGCACCAACCCCUGCAGUGUCAAUAACGGCGACUGCUCCCAGCUCUGCCUGCCCACGUCGGAGACCACCCGCUCCUGCAUGUGCACCGCCGGCUACAGCCUCCGGAGUGGCCAGCAGGCCUGCGAGGGUGUGGGCUCCUUUCUCCUGUACUCUGUGCACGAGGGAAUCCGGGGGAUACCCCUGGAUCCCAAUGACAAGUCUGAUGCCCUGGUCCCAGUGUCGGGGACCUCCCUGGCUGUCGGCAUUGACUUCCAUGCUGAAAAUGACACCAUUUACUGGGUGGACAUGGGCCUAAGCACCAUCAGCCGGGCUAAGCGAGACCAGACAUGGCGUGAGGACGUGGUGACCAAUGGCAUUGGCCGAGUGGAGGGCAUCGCAGUGGACUGGAUCGCAGGCAACAUCUACUGGACAGACCAGGGCUUUGACGUCAUCGAGGUUGCCCGGCUCAAUGGCUCUUUCCGCUAUGUGGUCAUCUCCCAGGGUCUGGAUAAGCCCCGGGCUAUCACCGUCCACCCGGAGAAGGGGUACUUGUUCUGGACUGAGUGGGGCCAGUAUCCGCGUAUAGAGAGGUCUCGGCUUGAUGGCACUGAGCGAGUUGUGCUGGUUAACGUCAGCAUCAGCUGGCCCAACGGCAUCUCGGUGGACUAUGAGGAUGGGAAGCUGUACUGGUGCGACGCCCGAACAGACAAGAUUGAGCGGAUUGACCUGGAGACGGGAGAGGACCGAGAGGUGGUUCUGUCCAGCAACAACAUGGACAUGUUCUCGGUGUCUGUGUUUGAAGAGUUCAUCUACUGGAGUGACAGGACGCACGCCAAUGGCUCCAUCAAGCGCGGGAGCAAGGACAAUGCCACCGACUCCGUGCCCCUGCGGACUGGCAUCGGCGUCCAACUCAAAGACAUCAAAGUCUUCAACCGGGACCGGCAGAAAGGCACCAACGUGUGUGCAGUGGCCAAUGGCGGGUGCCAGCAGCUGUGCCUGUACCGGGGCGGCGGGCAGCGGGCCUGCGCCUGCGCCCACGGGAUGCUGGCUGAAGACGGGGCCACGUGCCGCGAGUAUGCGGGCUACCUGCUCUACUCGGAGCGCACCAUCCUCAAGAGCAUCCACCUGUCGGACGAGCGCAACCUCAACGCUCCGGUGCAGCCCUUCGAGGACCCCGAGCACAUGAAGAACGUCAUCGCUCUGGCCUUCGACUACCGAGCAGGCACCUCCCCGGGCACCCCCAACCGCAUCUUCUUCAGCGACAUCCACUUUGGGAACAUCCAGCAGAUCAAUGACGAUGGCUCGAGCAGGACCACCAUUGUGGAGAAUGUGGGCUCCGUGGAAGGCUUGGCCUAUCACCGCGGCUGGGACACUCUCUACUGGACAAGCUACACGACAUCCACCAUCACCCGCCACACAGUGGACCAGACCCGCCCAGGGGCCUUCGAGCGAGAGACGGUCAUCACCAUGUCUGGAGACGACCACCCCCGGGCCUUUGUGUUGGACGAGUGCCAGAACCUGAUGUUCUGGACCAACUGGAAUGAGCAGCACCCCAGCAUCAUGCGGGCAGCCCUGUCGGGAGCUAAUGUCCUGACUCUCAUCGAGAAGGACAUCCGCACCCCCAACGGCCUGGCCAUCGACCACCGGGCGGAGAAGCUCUACUUCUCCGAUGCCACCCUGGACAAGAUCGAGCGGUGCGAGUAUGACGGCUCCCAUCGCUACGUGAUCCUGAAGUCAGAGCCGGUGCACCCCUUCGGGCUGGCAGUGUACGGGGAGCACAUCUUCUGGACUGACUGGGUGCGGCGGGCCGUGCAGCGGGCCAACAAGUACGUGGGCAGCGACAUGAAGCUGCUGCGUGUGGACAUCCCCCAGCAGCCCAUGGGCAUCAUCGCCGUGGCCAAUGACACCAACAGCUGCGAACUCUCCCCUUGCCGCAUCAACAAUGGGGGCUGCCAGGACCUGUGUCUGCUCACCCACCAAGGCCAUGUCAACUGCUCCUGCCGAGGGGGCCGCAUCCUUCAGGAGGACCUCACCUGCCAGGCGGUGAAUUCCUCGUGCCGAGCACAAGAUGAGUUUGAGUGUGCCAACGGCGAGUGCAUCAACUUCAGCCUGACAUGUGACGGCGUCUCCCACUGCAAGGACAAGUCUGACGAGAAGCCGUCCUACUGCAACACACGCCGCUGCAAGAAGACCUUCCGCCAGUGCAACAACGGGCGCUGUGUGUCCAACAUGCUGUGGUGCAACGGGGCAGAUGACUGCGGGGAUGGCUCUGAUGAGAUUCCCUGCAACAAGACGGCCUGCAGUGUGGGCGAAUUCCGCUGCCGGGACGGCACCUGCAUCGGGAACUCCAGCCGCUGCAACCAGUUUGUGGACUGUGAGGAUGCCUCGGACGAGAUGAACUGCAGCGCCACCGACUGCAGCAGCUACUUCCGCCUGGGGGUGAAGGGUGUGCGCUUCCAGCCCUGUGAGCGGACGUCCCUCUGCUACGCGCCCAGCUGGGUGUGUGAUGGCGCCAACGACUGUGGGGACUACAGCGACGAGCGCGACUGCCCAGGUGUGAAGCGUCCCAGGUGCCCCCUCAACUACUUUGCCUGCCCCAGUGGGCGCUGCAUCCCCAUGAGCUGGACGUGUGACAAGGAGGAUGACUGUGAACAUGGCGAGGAUGAGACCCACUGCAACAAGUUCUGCUCAGAGGCCCAGUUUGAGUGCCAGAACCAUCGUUGCAUCUCCAAGCAGUGGCUGUGUGACGGCAGUGAUGACUGCGGAGACGGCUCAGACGAGGCAGCUCACUGCGAAGGCAAGACCUGUGGCCCCAACUCCUUCUCCUGCCCGGGCACCCACAUGUGUGUCCCUGAGCGCUGGCUCUGUGACGGUGACAAGGACUGUGCUGACGGCGCAGAUGAGAGCAUCACAGCCGGCUGCUUGUACAACAACACCUGUGAUGACCGCGAGUUCAUGUGUCAGAACCGCCAGUGCAUCCCCAAGCAUUUCAUGUGUGACCACGACCGUGACUGCGCCGACGGUUCUGACGAGUCCCCCGAGUGUGAGUACCCGACCUGCGGCCCCAAUGAGUUCCGAUGCGCCAACGGCCGCUGCUUGAGCUCCCGCCAGUGGGAGUGUGAUGGUGAAAAUGACUGCCAUGACCAGAGUGACGAGGCCCCCAAGAACCCGCAUUGCACCAGCCCAGAGCACAAGUGCAACGCCUCCUCGCAGUUCCUGUGCAGCAGCGGGCGCUGUGUGGCCGAGGCACUGCUGUGCAACGGCCAGGAUGACUGCGGUGAUGGCUCAGAUGAGCGCGGCUGCCACGUCAAUGAGUGUCUCAGCCACAAGCUCAGCGGCUGCAGCCAGGACUGCGAGGACCUCAAGAUCGGCUUUAAGUGCCGCUGCCGCCCUGGCUUCCGCCUGAAGGACGACGGCCGGACAUGCGCCGACGUGGACGAGUGCAGCACCACCUUCCCCUGCAGCCAGCGCUGCAUCAACACCCACGGCAGCUACAAGUGUCUGUGUGUGGAGGGCUACGCCCCCCGCGGCGGCGACCCCCACAGCUGCAAGGCUGUGACUGAUGAGGAGCCAUUUCUGAUCUUCGCCAACCGCUACUACCUGCGCAAGCUCAACCUGGACGGCUCCAACUACACGCUGCUUAAGCAGGGCCUAAACAACGCUGUCGCCUUGGACUUUGACUACCGAGAGCAGAUGAUUUACUGGACAGAUGUGACAACCCAGGGCAGCAUGAUCCGCAGGAUGCACCUUAACGGGAGCAACGUGCAGGUGCUGCACCGGACGGGCCUCAGCAACCCCGACGGGCUGGCUGUGGACUGGGUUGGUGGCAACCUGUACUGGUGUGACAAAGGCCGGGACACCAUCGAAGUGUCCAAACUCAACGGGGCCUAUCGCACAGUGCUGGUCAGCUCCGGCCUCCGUGAGCCCAGGGCUCUGGUUGUGGAUGUGCAGAAUGGGUACCUGUACUGGACAGACUGGGGGGACCACUCACUGAUCGGCCGGAUCGGCAUGGAUGGGUCUGGCCGCAGUGUCAUCGUGGACACCAAGAUCACGUGGCCCAACGGCCUGACACUGGACUAUGUCACCGAGCGCAUCUACUGGGCUGACGCCCGUGAGGACUACAUUGAGUUUGCCAGCCUGGAUGGCUCCAACCGUCACGUCGUGCUGAGCCAGGAUAUCCCACACAUCUUCGCCCUGACCCUGUUUGAGGACUAUGUCUACUGGACCGACUGGGAGAAAUCCAUCAACCGAGCCCACAAGACCACGGGCACCAACAAGACUCUCCUCAUCAGCACGCUGCCGCCCAUGGACCUGCACGUCUUCCACGCCCUGCGCCAGCCCGAUGUACCCAAUCACCCCUGCAAGGUCAACAACGGCGGCUGCAGCAACCUGUGCCUGCUGUCUCCUGGGGGUGGCCACAAGUGUGCCUGUCCCACCAACUUCUACCUGGGCGGUGAUGGGCGCAACUGUGUGUCCAACUGCACAGCCAGCCAGUUUGUGUGCAAGAACGACAAGUGCAUCCCCUUCUGGUGGAAGUGUGACACGGAGGACGACUGCGGGGACCACUCGGACGAGCCCCCGGACUGUCCCGAGUUCAAGUGCCGCCCCGGACAGUUCCAGUGCUCGACAGGCAUCUGCACGAACCCUGCCUUCAUCUGCGACGGGGACAAUGACUGCCAGGACAACAGUGACGAGGCCAACUGCGACAUCCACGUCUGCUUGCCCAGUCAGUUCAAGUGCACCAACACCAACCGCUGUAUUCCUGGCAUCUUCCGCUGCAACGGGCAGGACAACUGCGGAGACGGGGAGGAUGAGAGGGACUGCCCCGAGGUGACCUGUGCCCCCAACCAGUUCCAGUGCUCCAUUACCAAGCGCUGCAUCCCCCGAGUCUGGGUCUGUGACCGAGACAACGACUGCGUGGACGGCAGUGAUGAGCCUGCCAACUGCACCCAGAUGACCUGCGGAGUGGAUGAGUUCCGAUGCAAGGACUCGGGCCGCUGUAUCCCGGCACGCUGGAAGUGUGACGGAGAGGACGACUGUGGGGACGGCUCGGAUGAGCCUAAAGAGGAGUGUGAUGAGCGCACCUGUGAGCCCUACCAGUUCCGCUGCAAGAACAACCGCUGUGUGCCCGGCCGCUGGCAGUGCGAUUACGACAAUGACUGUGGGGACAACUCUGAUGAGGAGAGCUGCACCCCUCGGCCCUGCUCUGAGAGUGAGUUCUCCUGUGCCAACGGUCGCUGCAUCGCCGGGCGCUGGAAAUGCGGGGAUCAUGACUGCGCAGACGGCUCAGAUGAGAAAGACUGCACCCCCCGCUGUGACAUGGACCAGUUCCAGUGCAAGAGCGGCCACUGCAUCCCCCUGCGCUGGCGCUGUGAUGCAGAUGCUGACUGCAUGGACGGCAGUGAUGAGGAAGCCUGCAGCACUGGUGUGCGGACCUGCCCCCUGGACGAAUUCCAGUGCAACAACACCCUGUGCAAGCCGCUGGCAUGGAAGUGCGAUGGAGAGGAUGACUGCGGGGACAACUCAGAUGAGAACCCAGAGGAAUGCGCCCGUUUUGUAUGCCCUCCAAACCGGCCCUUCCGUUGCAAGAACGACCGCGUCUGCCUGUGGAUCGGGCGCCAGUGCGAUGGCACCGACAACUGCGGAGAUGGGACUGAUGAGGAGGACUGUGAGCCGCCCACGGCCCAGAGCCCCCACUGCAAAGACAAGAAGGAGUUUCUGUGCCGGAACCAGCGCUGCCUCUCCUCCUCGCUGCGCUGCAACAUGUUCGAUGACUGCGGCGACGGCUCUGACGAGGAGGACUGCAGCAUCGACCCCAAGCUGACCAGCUGCGCCACCAAUGCCAGCAUCUGUGGGGAUGAGGCACGCUGCGUGCGCACGGAGAAAGCCGCAUACUGUGCCUGCCGCUCCGGCUUCCACACGGUGCCCGGCCAGCCCGGAUGCCAAGACAUCAACGAGUGCCUGCGCUUCGGCACCUGCUCUCAGCUCUGCAACAACACCAAGGGCGGCCACCUGUGCAGCUGCGCUCGGAACUUCAUGAAGACGCACAACACCUGCAAGGCAGAAGGCUCUGAGUAUCAGGUCCUGUACAUCGCUGACGACAAUGAGAUCCGCAGCCUGUUCCCCAGUCACCCCCAUUCAGCGUACGAGCAGGCCUUCCAGGGUGACGAGAGCGUCCGCAUCGAUGCCAUGGAUGUCCACGUCAAGGCUGGCCGCGUCUACUGGACCAACUGGCACACAGGCACCAUCUCCUUCCGCAGCCUGCCACCUGCUGCGCCUCCUACCACUUCCAAUCGGCAUCGGCGACAGAUUGACCGGGGUGUCACCCACCUCAAUAUUUCAGGGCUCAAGAUGCCGAGAGGCAUCGCCAUUGACUGGGUGGCUGGGAACGUGUACUGGACUGACUCGGGCCGAGAUGUGAUCGAGGUGGCACAGAUGAAGGGCGAGAACCGCAAGACACUCAUCUCCGGCAUGAUUGACGAACCCCACGCCAUUGUGGUGGAUCCGCUGAGGGGCACCAUGUACUGGUCAGAUUGGGGGAACCACCCCAAGAUUGAAACAGCAGCGAUGGAUGGGACCCUUCGGGAGACACUGGUACAGGACAACAUCCAGUGGCCCACAGGCCUGGCCGUGGAUUACCACAAUGAACGACUGUACUGGGCAGAUGCCAAGCUCUCGGUCAUCGGCAGCAUCCGGCUCAACGGCACAGACCCCAUCGUGGCUGCUGACAGCAAACGAGGCCUCAGUCACCCCUUCAGCAUCGAUGUCUUUGAGGAUUACAUCUAUGGCGUCACCUACAUCAAUAAUCGUGUCUUCAAGAUCCAUAAGUUUGGACACAGCCCCUUGAUCAACCUGACAGGGGGCCUGAGCCAUGCCUCCGACGUGGUGCUGUACCACCAACACAAGCAGCCGGAAGUGACCAAUCCCUGUGACCGCAAGAAGUGCGAGUGGCUCUGCCUGCUGAGCCCCAGUGGGCCUGUCUGCACCUGUCCCAAUGGGAAGCGACUGGACAAUGGCACCUGUGUGGCUGUGCCCUCGCCAACACUCCCACCAGAUGCUCCGCGGCCUGGAACCUGUAACCUGCAGUGCUUCAAUGGUGGCAGCUGCUUCCUCAACGCGCGGAGGCAGCCCAAGUGCCGCUGCCAGCCCCGCUACACAGGCGACAAGUGUGAGCUGGACCAGUGCUGGGAAUACUGUCGCAACGGGGGCACUUGCGCUGCCUCCCCCUCCGGCAUGCCCACGUGCCGGUGCCCCACGGGCUUUACGGGCCCCAAAUGCACCCAGCAGGUGUGUGCGGGCCACUGUGCCAACAACAGCACCUGCACCGUCAACCAGGGCAACCAGCCCCAGUGCCGAUGCCUCCCUGGCUUCCUGGGUGACCGCUGCCAGUACCGGCAGUGCUCUGGCUACUGUGAGAACUUUGGCACGUGCCAAAUGGCUGCUGACGGCUCCCGGCAGUGCCGCUGCACCGCCUACUUCGAGGGGGCCAGGUGCGAGGUGAACAAGUGUAGCCGCUGUCUCGACGGGGCCUGUGUGGUCAACAAGCAGAGUGGGGACGUCACCUGCAACUGCUCUGAUGGCCGGGUGGCCCCCAGCUGUCUGACCUGUGUUGGCCACUGCAGCAAUGGCGGAUCCUGCACCAUGAACAGCAAAAUGAUGCCUGAGUGCCAGUGCCCACCCCACAUGGCAGGACCUCGGUGUGAAGAACAAGUAGUCAGCCCACAGCAGCCUGGACAUAUGGCCUCCAUCCUAAUCCCUCUGCUGUUGCUGCUACUAAUGCUGCUGGUAGCCGGAGUGGUAUUCUGGUACAAGCGGCGAGUCCGAGGGGCUAAAGGCUUCCAGCACCAGCGGAUGACCAAUGGGGCCAUGAACGUGGAGAUUGGGAACCCCACCUACAAGAUGUACGAAGGCGGGGAGCCUGAUGAUGUAGGGGGCCUACUGGAUCCUGAAUUUGCCCUGGACCCUGACAAGCCCACCAACUUCACCAACCCCGUGUACGCCACACUCUACAUGGGUGGUCACGGUAGCCGCCACUCCCUGGCCAGCACGGACGAGAAGCGAGAACUCCUGGGCCGGGGCCCUGAGGACGAGAUAGGGGACCCCUUGGCAUAGGGUUCUGCGCAAUCGGACUUCCCCAGAGAGCCUCCUGCCUGCCCUGCCAGAGAAGUCCUUCAACGAACCCUCUCCUGCCCAGCCAACCCCUCCCCGGCCCCGCCGGGAUGUAUAAAUGUAAAAAUGAAGGAAUUACUUUUUAUAUGUGAGCAAGCGAGCAAGCGAGCACAGUAUUAUCUCUUUCCGUUCUCCUUCCUGCCUGCUCCUCAGCAACCCCCCCCAUGCUGCCUUCCAGGAGGGGGGGCAGGGAGGGAGUUCUGCAACUUACAGGUACGAGGGGCCCCGCCUCCCACCUUCCCACCAAAACUGCACCCCCACUGGGAGAGCUGGUGGUGCUGCUUCCCCCACCCCUGUACAAGACACUUUGUCAAGGCUCUCCCCUCUCAUCCCCCCACCCCUGCCUCCAGCUCCCUAAGGGCUGAUUCUAGGAUUCUGGGGGGGAUGAGCCCUUUGCUGCCCCUGUCUGGAAAAUUUGGCUCUGGCUGAGGUAGGAAGAAAAGGAUGGAGAUUUUUAGUUCCCUGUCGGGGAAGCCAUCCCAUGCCCCUGCCCCUACUCUAGGGGCACCUCUGAGAUGGCCAGGCUCAGUAUCCCAGACAGGCCCUCCCCCUCCCCAGUGCCCCCACCAUGGCUCCCAGGACUGGAGACUUUCUUUGGUAAAACAGUCCCCCAGGCUCCCCUCCCCUGGGGACUAGGAGGAAGUGGGGCACACCAAGGAAGGGCAAGCAAGCGGGCAGCCCCGUUUUGGGGAUGUGAACGUUUUAAUAAUUUUUGCUGAAUUCCUUUACAACUAAAUAACACAGAUAUUGUUAUAAAUAAAAUUAAAAAAAAAAAAAAAGAAAAAAGAAAGAAAAAAAAAA